UUCGCUCGACACCCACUCUCCCGGCCUAAUACCAAUUUGUUGCGGAAUAAUUAGUACAUAGAUUCGAUCCCUAUAGGACGGCGGUAGGGCUCACGUCUUUUCCUUUUUCCUACUUCCCUUAGCACGUGCGUCACGUGAUAAAUUUUUUAGGCUUGUAGAUUAACCUGAAUGAUCUAAAGAAAUCUCGGAGGGAUUAACAAAGUGACGGGUAAACCCUUCUUCGUAAGCACCAAUCACUGCGGCAUUCCGAUUCUACGCCUCCUCCUAAAUUCUGCUAUUUAUAUCGACAACAGGUGGUGACUAUGGAUUCAAGCGUAUCUGGAAAGAAAUCUAGUGAGAACGAAAUACCCACUUUCAAUAUUGAGAAUAUGCAAAGCAACAUGAAGGUGAUAUACUACAGUCGAACAUUCAUGUCCAUCAUUGGUGGAGUGAUUGCUGGAAUUUUGGGAGUGAAUGGGCUCAUGGGAUUUGUGAUUUAUUGUCUUGUCAUGGCUAUUACAUCUGUUUGUUUAACAGCCAAGGCAGGUUUUUCAAUCCAUUCAUAUUUCGACACCUGGAAUAGGAUUCUGCUUGAUGGUUUCCUAGGGGGCCUUUUGUCAUUCGUGCUGUUCUGGACAUUUGCUUAUGAUAUCGUGCAUAUCUUCUAAACAAUCCCACUUGAAAUACAAGAAGCAAGCUGGUUUUCUGGAGUUUACAUAAAGAAGAGGUGUUGGAGCUCAGAUUGAAGGGUUUUUAUUUUAUAGCUUUUAAUUGUUAAAACUUUUAAUUUCAUAGUUUUUGAAACAUUAUAUAUGGUUCUAGGAUCAAGAUUUAAUUAAUUUCUUGUUAUUAUCACUGGAAGUACAUUGAUGUCUUAAUGGAAUUGAUUUGGAUUUAUAAUAUUCA